AUGCAGUAUCCUCCGACCCCAUCGUCGAGUGCCACGUACGUCCCAACCACACCCAACGCGCCGUACAUGAGUCCGAAGGAUCUGCCGCCGUCACCCGUCACGCCUACCCACCCCCUUCCCGGGCACGGUGCGCACGCCGGCGCACCGUACAUGUACGCCGUAGGUCACGGCGUUGCUCCGGGUACACCGGCACACAAUGGUCUCAUGACUCCGCCCACUACCCCCGAACGGGCACGCGGUCGGCGUGGUGGGCAAUAUGUGGUCCACCCGAUGUUCCAGCCCAGUACGCUCAGAUUCGACGUCGGCGCACAGCUGCCGCAUACGUUCUGGGCGCAUCACAACCCCACCGAUAGCUUCAUAGACCCUCCUGCCCGAUGCGUCUGCAUCAACGUCAUUGGCGUAUUCAGAGUUGAGGUGCGCGCCGGCCCGAUGGGCUAUGUCACCGCACAGGACGUCCUCGCUACUAUCUUGCGGGAGAUGUCACAGACUCCGUCGGGCAACGAAGUCAACUGCUUCACCAUCGAAACCCGCCAGGCCGUCGCUGCGCACACCCGCAAUGCUCGCCGCGUCCACUACCUCGGCACCAGGAGGCUCUACAACGGCCUUGAAGUAACGCAGGUGUCUGGCGGUGUUGUCUACUGUGACCUCCAGCUCGCCAUUACACCCGCAUGA